GACCGUUUAAAUUCCUGUUAUAUCGCUUAUUCUGUUUAUCUCAACAGCAACACAAAACACCUUUUUCUUUUUCACUAAGCACCCCACUUCUCUCUCUCUCUCUCUCUCACUGACAAAUCAAGAAUAAUUUUUGUAAAUUGGCAAUGGUGUACUGUACAAAAUCGGUUGAUUAGUGGGGACGAAGAAAUCAAUGGCGUAUAAGGUAGAUCACGAGUAUGAUUACUUGUUCAAGAUCGUGUUGAUUGGAGAUUCAGGUGUUGGAAAAUCCAACAUUUUGUCAAGAUUUACAAGGAAUGAAUUCUGUUUAGAGUCCAAAUCCACAAUCGGCGUUGAAUUCGCGACGAGGACUCUCCAGGUGGAGGGGAAGACGGUGAAGGCGCAGAUAUGGGACACGGCGGGGCAGGAGCGGUACCGCGCGAUCACGAGCGCGUACUACCGCGGCGCGGUGGGGGCGCUGGUGGUGUACGACCUGACGAAGCGGCAGACAUUCGAGAACGUGCAGAGGUGGCUGAGGGAGUUGAGGGACCACGCCGACUCCAACAUCGUCAUCAUGCUCGCCGGGAACAAGUCUGACCUCAACCACCUGCGCGUGGUGGCGGAGCACGACGCGCAGCUCUUCGCCGAGAAGGAGGGCCUCUCCUUCCUCGAGACAUCCGCGUUGGAGGCCCACAACGUCGAGAAGGCGUUCCAGACCAUCUUGCUCGAUAUUUAUCAGAUCAUCAGCCGCAAGGCGCUGGCCGCGCAGGAGGCCGCCGCCCCGCUGCCCGGCCAGGGCACCACCAUUAAGGUCGGGGAGCCCAACAACUUCCAACAACCCAAAGCCUCCUGCUGCUCUACUUGACUAUUCAUUAUAUGUAAAAUUUUGUAUGAUUGUUUAUUGCAUUUGUGUAGCUCAAUAAUUAAGUUUUUUAGUUAUUUAACAAUUUUAAGUUUUACUAGCUUUUUUUCUCUGCUUUUCAA